UCGAACCCGCAAUCUCAUGGUUCCUAGUCAGAUUCAUUAACCACUGAGCCACAACGGAAACUCUGUCUCUGACAAAUCUUAAAAAUGAUUAUCAACACUGAAAGAACAAUUUGAAUAGUGCAAGUAAAUGAGGAUGAAGCCAGAUUUUUCUCCACACAGGAAAACUGGUCAUUUAAAUUAAAAACAUUAUAGAAGGUAUUUGCAGAACUUGCAAUCUGCUGUAAGUUGAAAACUCAAUUUUAAAAAGUGAGUCUUAGUUCUUAAAGUAACCUUUUUUUUUUCUCUUUCAGUUGGCUCUGGUAUUAUUUUGACAUACCAUCAUCAAUGUGAGUUUCUUUGUUUUGUUUUGAGCAUCUUACAGGCUGGUGCUAGAAAAGGCCCCAAAUGACAUGCAUAUUCUAUAUUGCCUUAGUUUUGUCCUAGAAUCUUUCUUUCUUUUUUCCUAAUCUCAAAAACUUUGUUUGAGUAACAUGAGUAGAAAUUAAGAAGCAAAUUUCUCCCUCUUUUAAAAAAAUACUUCUGUGAGAUCAUGAAAUAACUUUCAUAUGUUAUUCAACUUUAUUUCAUAAAGUUGAAAAUAAUUCUCUUGUUACAGAUAUGCCUUUUGGUCUCCAGUAAUUUUAUUAUAUUAAGAAAUUAAUUUACCAUUUAUAUAUUAAUAGUUAAAAUAGCCUUUAUCAAUACUAACAAAAAUAAUUUGAAAAUAUGCAAAUGAAGUGUGAAAGGAACUGGAAUUUUUUGUAGCUGAGAAAACAGGAGGUCACUUAAGGAAAAACUCACUUAUCACCCUCAUAGCAUACUAAAUGGGUCUUCUGAAAUCAUUAUGUUAUGUUAAACUCUCUUUUAAAUCCAGGUUCAACAACAGUAGAGUCAACAUAACUGCAUUUUUUUUUUUUUUUUGGUUUAACAGAAAGCUUUGAGAGUUUAACCCUCAUUUAAAUUUUUAGUUACCUGACUUAUGAAGCAGAACACUUUCACUUAGUAUAAUCAUCCUCUGUGACUAUGAGUAAUAUUAACUCCUUAGCUGAUAUUCAGAAAACAAUAUUAUUAUAUGGAUAUGUGAUGAGUAUAACCCAGUAUGUACUUGAUGCUGAACAAAAUCAAGAAGUUGUCCAUGAGUAGUGAUAUCUGAGAGCAAUUGUUAAGUGGUUCCAAAAAAAAUCUUGGCUGAGAUAGGUAUCUGUUGGAUUUUAGGUAGUCAAUGUUCUGGUGAAUUAUUAACUGAUAUCAUAACUGCCUCAUAUAUAAUUGCAGAAGUAUCAUAUUUUCUAGCUCUGUCAUUUUGUUCCAUUUUGUCAUUAUAGAGCAGAGCCUGCAGAUCAAUGGAGGGGGCCAACCAUUCCAGGGUGUCUGAAUUUGUAUUACUUGGACUUACUGAUUCUCCUGAGCUCCAGAUUUUCUUUUUUGUGAUGUUUUCCCUUUUCUACCUGAUGUCCAUGUUGGGCAACUGCCUGAUUUUGCUCACAGUUCUGUUCAGCCCACACCUUCACUCCCCCAUGUACUUCCUGCUCAGCAACCUGUCUCUCAUUGACAUGUGCCUGUCCUCCUUCGCCACUCCAAAGAUGAUCGUGGACAUCUUUGCUCAACACAAGACGAUCUCCUUUGAGGGCUGCAUUUCUCAGAUCUUCUUUUUGCACCUCUUCACUGGGACUGAGAUUGUGCUGCUCAUCUCCAUGUCUUUUGACAGGUACAUUGCCAUAUGCAAACCACUCCAUUAUUCAUCAGUUAUGAGCCAAAGCAUGUGUGUGGGGCUUGUGGUAGCUUCUUGGACAGUGGGCUUUCUGCAUACAAUGACCCAGUUAGCUUUUACUCUCUAUUUACCGUUCUGUGGGCCCAAUGUUGUGGACAGUUUCUUCUGUGACCUUCCUUUGGUCAUCCAGUUGGCAUGUAUAGAUACAUAUAUUCUUGGAAUCUUCAUGAUUUCAACCAGUGGCGUGAUUGCUCUUAUCAGUUUUCUGCUUUUGCUCACCUCCUACAUUACUGUUCUUGUCACUAUAAAGGACCACUCCUCCUCAGAUCAUCUAAGCUUUGUCACCUGCACUGCACAUUUCAUAGUUGUGUCAAUGUUCUUUGGGCCCUGCAUCUUUAUCUAUGUGUGGCCUUUCACAAACUUCCUGAUGGACAAAACACUCUCUAUUUUCUAUACCAUUUUCACCCCUUUUCUGAAUCCACUUAUCUAUACUCUGAGAAACCAGGAAGUGAAGACAGCUGUGAAGAAGAAACUAAGUAACCAAUAUUUAAAUAUUGGAAAAACCACCCCAAUGUAUUCUGUGCAAUGAACAGAGAUCUCUUGGUCUGAGAUUUAAUAGCAACAGUUUUGCUCUCAGAACAACAGAAAAGUAAAGUUAGAAUCUUUUAAGUCAUUUAGUUUAAAUUCAUGAAAAGAAGAAGACAGGGCUGAGAGAUAUGAAAUAUUUUGCCUAGAAGUUAGUGGAGUGUUUGCAAGCGUUUUGCAAUUAUGGAUCCAUUUGAAAAUCUGUUGAAAUUUAUAGGCUAUUUUUAUUGAAAAAUGUACGGAUCAUCAAAAUUGUGAACAUAAAUUCAGGCUUCAGAGACUCCCAAAUUCUGUAAACAUGUAUCAGGUUAAGACUACUUAGAGAAGCCUGAGAUAAAUGUUGUUGUUUAGCCUUCUAACUCAGAACCUUCUCACUCAACUGCAUAACCUUUUGCUGUUCUGAUGAUGUCCAC